CAUCGAGGCGCUCCUUUAUCCACUCGUCCGUCCGUCCGACCGGCCGGCCGACCGGCCGUCCGUCCGUCGCUCGCUCACUCACUCGGUAUAUUCUCCCAGAUCACUGUGGCAGUAACGACUGCGCCUGUAGUCGUCGAGGUGCGCGAAACAUCGAACGAUGAGCGGUUGAUUACAGCGACAGGAGUCAGUGCAGUGGCGACGGAAAUUGUGGCUAUAGCAACAAAUCUGAACAGAAUAACUCGAACGAAACCGAAUUAACAGAAAAGAGUGUAUUUUCUGCUUGUUGCAAAACAGCAUCGACAAUAGCGACAGUGCUCGCUAGCUAGCAAAACGCGCACACGAGAACUCGGCGCAAAUCAAGUAUAUUCCGGCCAAAUUUAACAAUAGGGUUUCUGUCGCAGGGUCCCCUGAACGUCGCAGCGGUUGAUGUGCCCCAACCCUGCUCAGGACAUGCUAUCGCAAUAAAAGACAUUUAACAAAGUUAUGCAUCGCCAUAGUCAGUUACCUUGAUAGCAGAUACGAAAUAAGGCUGACCUAUACAAAAUAGGUAAUCGCCAUGAGUAUUACACUGCCAUCUAGAAUCCUUCGUAAGGGCAGCAUUGCUGUGAUCCUAUUUGUGGUGGAUUAUGCUUGUUUCGACAAGGUCGUACGUCGUCUCCACCACUAUGUCUAGAUAAUUAUAACUGUGUUUAGUUCUGCAUCGGGUGACGCCAUGAAUGUGAUGAAAUGACAUCAGUUAUGCCACCGAGAGUGGCGAGGGCCGAAGCACCGAUUUCUAGCCGAUUCGUAACAGCAGGUCAUCACCAUCAUCAUCCUCCUCAGCACCACCAUCGUGAUCGUUUUCAGAGCCGGACCGUUUCUGCGAAAGGCAUCGUUUUUUUCUACCGAUUUUAUCUCACGCGUCAUCUGAUAUCUGCUUCGAGUUGGAUUUAAACGAGAACGACGCCACCUGAACACAGCGUGCAACGCACAUCUGACGCUAAGCACCAAAAUGGAAAGGAGGAAAAGGGGUUCUAAGUAAGAACGCGUUCAACACCUGUCUGUCGAUGGUGUCAAUCUAUAACUGCGAUAUUUCCUUUCAAGAAGUCACCACUACCGUUCCUGCAGGCGACAUCAGUGGCAGCGGCAGCGGCAGCGGCAGUGGCAGUUUCAAGCGACAAAAACAUUGAUGAAUAAUACCGCAAGCGACGAAGCAGAUUUGACCAAAUGAAUCGAACGUAACGCAUCGCAUGUAGUUCCAUACGCUGAUUAUUACCAGUGAGGUAAAUCGUGUACCCCUGCAUGAACGCGGUAUGCUUUCAGACGUACGAUCAAUGGACGAACUCGCGCAAGAAAAGGCGACACGGAAGAGGACGAGGAAAACAAAAGAUCACGUCGUAGCAGGAAAAUAUUUUUGCUGAUUUUCGCCACUCAACUCAUUUCGUGCUGGUGAACGUUCCAACAACACGUUUCGGGACAAACGGCAAGCAACCCGACCCGUGUGCUUGGUUAUCCUCAACGGCCGUCGAUAACAGAUGAACCAUGUCAAAUAGUCGUGGAUCAUCUUGAUAGUUGUCAUACUUUUUGAUCCUGCGUGAGUCUUUGCCUAUCAUAAACCGUGGUUCCCAUAGGCAGCUCAAGUAAACAUUUAUUUUACUCGGAAGUCAUUAUCUGCAAUCAAUAUCGUUAUACUGCUAUCUACCAAUUAUCUUUCCUGCUGUUUUCAUAUGUGAAAGUAACUUAACCCGUGUGGGAAAGUGAAGAGAAUCCGUGUGUGUGUGUGUGUGUUAGCGUGUAUGUGCGUGAUCCUGUGCUUCGUUCGUGUUGCCGAUUCGUUGUUGUUGUUAUUAUUGCAACAAGUUAAUAGGGAAGUUAGCGUAUUUCGACAAACACAAAACCCGUAGGAAGGAUAAUGUGAUACAUAGUGAUAUAAAAACCGAAAUCUACAGCGAGCAGGCCCGAACUACAUAGGUAUCGGGGGUUUGACAUUCAUACGUACUGCGAAUAACCUGUAUUUUCCGUCAAGUUUGCUAAAAAGGUAAUUCAAAGAACUCAGAAUUUAACAACGGAAAGGCACGCUUUUGCAAGCUGGAACACGUUGUGGUCAAGGUUCGACCCCGGCCAUAAACAGAUUUGGUUUCGCGCUAAAAGCCAGUCUUCUGGUGGAAUACCUAACGGCUAUACCGGCCAUAAAAUUCGAAACAUAAAUGUAUAACAGCAUAAACUUCAAUGAAAAAAAUCUAAAAAAAAAUAAAGAAAGGUUCUUUGUCAAUAAGUAUCACUCUUCCCAGCUCGAAACCCUUGUUUACAAUAAUUGUAUGCAUACUUUAUAUCAGAGCUUCCCCAAGCUCGUAACAUCAUCGCUGUUAGAAAUGAUAAGAUGAGUUAAUAAUAGCAAUUCACUACUCUGAUGAGUUAGCGAGUAGCGGUUCCUUAACAGAACUUAAAACCGAAACUGCGCCCGUUUUACCUCGAAGUUCUUUGACGUCUGCUUAAGUAUUUGCCGCAUGAUCUCUCGCUUUAGCCGUGCUGGUAUGGAAAAUCCAAAACGCAAGUACGCUAACAGAUAAUCCUCUUAAAAUAAAAACGCCAGAGUAUGCUUUACCGUCUCUUCGCUCUAUGGAAUCACUGCGUCCGGCAGACCAUACCGGAAAAACCGGCAAGCUCUUCUGUUACAGCCGUAAGGCAAGUGACUUUAUGACUAAAGUGAGCCUUGAAAGAUUCUCUUUAGCACUUAACGGUGUUAAUGUAACUCAAAAUAAUGUCGUGUAACUAGGUCGGAUCAAAAAGGCCGUUGCCAGGGUCUGUCCAGACAUCGGUUGUCGGCCACCGGUUCUAGGUCAAUCAUGAAUAGGUCAGCCGGAAGGCCAGUAGACAGGCUUACUCCGAUCACAAAACACGCAACACGCUCGCUGUCUUACAAACCAUCUAUAACGAUUAACAGGAUAUCAGAAGCAAAGAACGCGGUUAGACGUCAUAAACUCACUUUAAGCUGAACUGAUUAUUGUGGUAGUCUUUUGGAGCUUUAGCCUAAUGGGGAAAUCGAAUAAAUACAAAAAUUCUGCAGAGCUAUAAUGGAGAAAAGUAUAAUUUUUAAAGCCUUUACAGCUGAUAUGAAUCCUCUUAUAUCGGAGCUCUCAAGGAUUACCUGGUUCCAAUAGGUGUGUACGCAAAAGCUUUGUUUCCAGUCUCACCGGGUGAACUACUUUGCGAGCAUACAAUCCCACAUUAUAAGAAAUUAGUUAUUUAAAUUAAACAAGUGAUAAAAAAAAUGUACAUCACCAUACGAGCUGUUAGUAACAGCAGUAAAGUUGAAAAAUUAAAUGAAGUUCAAAGCAGUGUCGUUAUACUUGCGUAUAUCUAGAUCGAUAUGGUAUUUUGUACCGUUGGAUCUAUUAAAAAACGAUUACGUUAUUUCGGCUCUGACAAAGAUAGGUAUAAAAUGUCGCCUUAACAGAGUCCUAGAACCUCCACGAAAAACACACUCUAUUAAAUACUGUAGCCAUAGCGUACACAUAGGCAACAAAGAAAAACGCAAGCAGGAACUCGUCUUUGCAUUGUCUUAACAAACCCAAGUCGCUUGCUCACGUAUAUAAACUGAACGUAACACAUAUGCACAUGUAAGUAACUGAAUUACUAUUAUAUUAGUUACGUUUUCAUUGGUCACCAAUUACAUAUUUAUACGUAGCACCCUAAUUUUGCUUGUACAUAUACUAUGGCCUACAGUUUCGUCGUACAAUACCCUCAGUCAUCAGAAUCUUCAAUGGCUAUACGUUGAUUUCAACCUCCGAGGUUAACUUACUUGUCAAUAAGUAAUCAUGCCCAAAACGUGUUUAGUUGUCGAUGAAGAUUGCAGUAACCAUGCUGGUCACCUUAAUGACGUUUGUAUACAAGUUUACCUUUACCUGAAAUUAAAAACGGUUACCAAAAUUGUUGAAAGAAUCUGAUGACCAAAGGCCAUCGUAUGACAACGUAUUUACACACUGAAUGUUAUAGACAUAUGCUAGAAUUGUUAUUCUAUUGUUAUCCUCAAUAGCGGUUAUUGCUGCUGGAAGAAACGACUCUUGUUAGGUAGAGUUGUUGAACAAUAGUCUGGCUAAUAAUAGAGAGAGUCCCGGUCUGUUCCACCAAGUGUACGUUCUUUGUUCGUCAACAAAACCGUUAGUCUAAUAGAGUCGCUAUGGAAAGGAGAUCCACCUCUUUCCCGCUCGACGGGGACGCCGUCAGACUAGACGUAGACGAUGUUUUAACUGCUUUAAGACUUACCCAUCUAUGGGCAAUUUAUAUUGAAUUUGCCUCUGCAAUUAAUUAUAGACGAGUUGGCGAUAAUGGGGGUUCUAGAUCGGAUCUCCUGCAGGUAACGUAUUUGGCUGCUAAUCUUUAGCACACGUCGUAUGGUGGUAUGGGUCUAGGUGCGAACAUAGCUACACGUUGAUUCGUGCUAAAAGCCACCCGUCCGGAUGGAAUGGAUACCGAAAGGGGGUGCCAUACCUAAAGCUUGAAACAUUGAGUUUACGUUUCCAGAAUGAAAUCGCGUUUUAUACAACAACUGUUGGACUACAAAGAUGGACGCGGCGAUUUUACAGAUAACUUGUUAGGAUGUUCCUGAAUCAGGGCGCCUUUCACAGCUGCAGUUCAAACUUUCAGUUUCAGGGGAUUCAGGCGUAGAAACCCCUAGCUCGCCGCAGCGAAGUUGUACAUGUUGUCUUGGUCUUCGGUAGACUUUACAAGUGUUCCAGAUGAACGCGUCUAUACUUCUUUCCUGUUUAGCCAAACUGGCGAAAGCUGCACGUUACCUUUCAUUAUACCGCGCAUCAUAACGGAGGAUUGUCCCUCAGGAAAUCGCGCAGCCCCAACUAUAGCAGAUACGAGUCCUUUACUUCGAUCUAGUCCGUUUUCGCAUUCAUUCGGCGAUUUUUCGGCAUUAUCAAACUCCCCGCAGCCGUCAUCGGAUUUGCUCUUAGCUGGCGAGUUCGCGUCAGCUGUAACUCCUGCAGCAAGCACUCCUUCGCUCUCACCUACUCUUGGUGAGGCAGCUCCUUGUCGGGGAUCGUACAACUACGACGCCUGGACCGAAUCACUUUCACGCUGCGGGUCCCGGGGAAAAAGUUAUCCGUUCUUUUCGUCCCGGAGCAUCUCAUCAGAGAGGGACAGCCUAUCUUCCGAUAGCCACAAAUCGACGAUGGCCGCUGGGGCUGCCGAUGCGCAUUAUCACCAUACGCAUGCCGUCCACGGAACAUCCGCUAAAAGUUCACAGGCACCAUCGGUUCAGCAUCCCGAUUCUUCUGAAGAAGAUCAUCAAGCAUAUGAGGCCGUGGAAACUCGAAAUAGUCCAUCACAUACUACCAGAGAAAUUGGGAGUUACGGUGGACAAGAUCACGGAUUGAGAACCCCAUCAACUACUCCCGGAACUAGUCCGCCCAGAAGAACGGGACCGUCACACCUUUUUGACGCCUUCAGGCCGAGGUCAAAAUCUGAUUCGAAGGGUCAUCAUCGUAAUAUCAUGUCUGCCAUAAAGAACACAGUUAACUCGCAUCACUGGUUUUCAACCAAUGGAGGCGCCCAUAGUCCAGGGUCUCCUGCGGCCCUCACCCCACCAGCACUUGGCUCACCGACAUGUGGCAGCCCUCAAGGGGGUCACAGUCCUUACGCAACAUACACGGCCGGUAUGACUAGCGCCCACUCACCCUUAGCACAUGAUGGGCACUAUCACACCAUCGCUGGCGCCACCUCACCCGACGGAUUCGACUACCGACCACAAUCCAGGCCGAGAUCAGGGUCGGAGUCAAAGGGUGUAGGCGCUGUAGCCAAAGUGAUGGACAUGUUUCGGACGAGAUCACAGUCGAUGAGUCUCACCCCAGAGGCCAAAGCCAAGAAAUUCGCACAUAGCCAUUCAGGUUCUCUCAUUAGGCGGCAUUCUGUCGACCCGGACAGACGGCGCAGUGGCGGUGUCCACGGAGGCACGGAAGGACAUCACGUGUUGCACACUGCCCUUAUUCACAGGAUACACUCGCAUAACUCUGAGCAGUCAGGAGGGGGACAUUAUGCCUCGUUGCCAGGUUCAACCUGUCACCAGCUUCAGCAUCCAGCGGGCGCUACCGCACAAGCUCUCGGGCUGGCAUCAUCGGAAUCGUCCAUAUGUGAUAGGAUCGACAUUGAGGAUUUGGGUGCCGAUGAGACCAUGUUGUUCGUCAAGUUUUUCAGGUACUACCACUGUUACGAUCUCAUACCACUGUCCGCGAAACUUGUAGUGUUUGACACCCAGCUACUUGUAAAGAAAGCGUUUUUCGCGCUUGUCUCAAAUGGAGUCCGCGCGGCCCCGCUGUGGGACUCAGCACAACAGGAUUUUGUCGGAAUGCUAACAAUUACCGACUUCAUUCAUAUUCUACGGAAGUACCACGGAAGUCCCACGGUUCGUAUGGACGAACUGGAAGAACACAAAAUUGACACCUGGCGAACUGUUCUGACCGAGAUGCAGCGACCUCUGGUGUCGAUUGGGCCAGAUGCCUCUCUUUGUGACGCCAUCACCGCCCUAAUACAGCAACGCGUGCACCGAUUGCCAGUCAUCGAUCCACAGACAGGCAAUGUGCUCUAUGUGCUCACGCACAAACGCAUUUUAAGAUUCCUAUUUCUCUACUUUUAUGAUCUUCCACACGCAUCGUAUCUCGACCAGAGCAUCCAAGAGCUUAAGGUGGGCUCCUUCGAAAAUAUCGCAACGUGUAAUCCAACGACGCCGUUGAUCGAUGCGUUGAAGACGUUUAUCGAACGGCGAGUGUCUGCAUUACCAGUAGUCGACGAAGACGGAAAAGUCGUUGACAUCUAUGCGAAAUUUGACGUCAUAAAUCUUGCGGCGGAGAAAACGUACAAUAAUUUGGAUAUAAGCGUAGGUGCUACUCUUGAAUUCCGAAACCAGUACUUCGAAGGAGUCAUGACAUGUCGAGCUACCGACUCCCUGCUCCAGGUGAUGGGGAAAAUUGUUCGUGCUGAAGUGCAUCGACUCGUAAUUGUCGAUGAUGAGGAACAUGUUGUUGGUAUUGUCUCGUUGUCAGAUAUAUUAACUUUCCUCGUUCUCAAGCCACUCGACAUCGAACGACCCGCCUCACGUAGUUACGGCAUAUACGCUCGGACGACGUCAUCGGAACGUGAAAACGGCACAUUGGCCGAGGAACCUGAACUAGAGGCAACAGCGAACGCACAUGGUGAAGGAGCUGUUCAAACAGAGCGGCUGAAACAUUCGAAUGGUAGCAUGUGUACCGUGACUGAUCCCGAUCAAGCCAAAGAAGGGCAGAAUGCUCCGAAGGCUACAGAGGAAAGCAUGGAAAACGAAGAAAAGAUUUCCGUUGCGCAGGAGGGCUCUAUCAUCGAAUCGCAACAACCAGAGGGACCUAAUUCACCUCAAGAAUGCUUCGAGCAUCCCGCCGAACAGGAUGACAGGUUAAGUAAUAUGUCGGCUGAGAAGCUCGAUGAUUCGGAAAAGGCUAGCGAAAAGGAAGAACUGCCGCAGAAGUUGUUAUCUGCCAAAUCCGCCUUAGCUCCGGUCGCAGGGGUAUCCACGGCAACGUCAACCCAGCCGGAAAAUAGAGCUGACAUAAUUACCCCCGUUGACACUAAAUCGUAGCUUCACAAUAUGUGCGAACGAGAGCAUAGAUAUCUAAAGUAAAUGGCCAUAAGAAGCGCUGUCAAGUAUUAUAUAGAUACUUCACCGUGCCGGACCCAUUCAAGUCGAUUCUAAUUCAGUUUCAACGACGACUAUUGAGGGUUAACCAUUAUCGCACGAGCAUUAUGCCUUCAUCGAAUGGCAGAAGGUUGGUCACAAAACAGAGCGUAAGGCAGCUAAGCCAAGUUGUUGUAUCAAGUCGAUGCACUUCGGUAAAGCGGCCAUCAUACACCGCAAUUUUCCGUUCAUACCUAAUCCAUAGCAUUAGCUGAGUGCGCGAACUUCGUAUUGAUUAACAUUUAAGUCGUUGAAAAGCACUGCUACUUUAUGCGUCUGUGUGCUAGUCUGUCCUAUGUCGCCAAUAUAAAAAAAAAUAGCAUGCGGCCCCCAAAUGCCGAUUGAACUGUCUACACAGGGGCAAGAAGAGUGCAACCCGGCCGAAGCAACAGCUGUAUAAACCGGUGAGACAAGCUUAAAAUGAUAUCUAUCAUAUAUUUCUGCAGUUGCUGGACUGCGAGUGAAUACGCACGCAAAUAGAAUGAUGGGACGGAUAUGAUGUGUAGAUAUUACGACAGCUAUAUUUAUAUAAACAACAAACAAGCAUAUAUAUAUAUAUAUAAAUGGGCUCUUCUCUUAGCCCUCACCAAUACCACCUUUGUUAUAUAGUGACACUUAAGAUAGAAUGAUGAUAGUAUAAGAUAAUAAAUACGUUACUAAUUAUAAGAAUUAUUAUUACUACUGCUAACGAUAAUAGUAAUAGAAAUAAUAAUACAUAAACAGUACUGCAUCCUGAUAGACAUAAAUAGAUUAUCCUCAAAAAAAUAAAUUCGAGUUUUUUCAUGUGAAAAUGCAAAGCUACACAGACAGUAGAUAUUCUACUCACAGAGAUGUAUUCAUACAUAGACAGCUGCAGAGAUUUACAAACGAUAUACGCAAUGGUAAAUAUUAGAAGGACGGGUACAAAAAAAGAAGAAAAUGUGACGAAGUACUGAUAAUUGAAUGUUCUAAUUUGAAGACGUUAACGACCUACACUAUCGUUGUAUGUACGGGAGCAUUAUAUGGCAUUCAGUAACGCGGCAGAAGGAGCACCCGCUAUGUACUUUGAACGCAGCUGGUCAACUAGAGAUGGUUUUGUCAUGUACACAAGGAAAAAAAGGAAUGAGAACGAGAUAUAGAUGAGGGCGUAAGCUCGCUAAAAAACUGUUGAGACGCACAGGCUGUGCCUGUUUAACAUAUAAUACGGUAUACGACGAAGCGUAGUAACCAACUGGUGGUCAAUGGGGCAGUACUCAAGGGUGCACGUCACACAGUUUGAUUAGUAUUAUUAUUCUAUGCUAAACAUUUUUGAGGAAAAACGACCUAUAAUGUUGCUUUCCUAAAUUUAUGUUGCUAGAAUAAUAGACUCUAUAUGCCGUAUCAUAAUGUUAAUUGAUUGAGUUGAAAAUAAUAUAUAUACAUAUAAUAAUGGUUCACGUACUGCUAUAGAGAAACAUAUAUACUUAUUCACUUAUGAUAUAUAUAUAUAUAUAUACAUAUAUAUAUAUAUAUAUAUAUAAUUGGGAAAGCACUUUGUUACACAAACAAAAAGUCAAUGAAGGACAUAGAUUAAUUGCCGGAACGCGGGAAGUCCUGUCGGACUUCGCACGGAAUAGUGUUCAAGCCAACUGACCCACUCUAGGGGAGUAAAGGUCAAAGGAAACGUACAGGAUGAGGGUGUCGAAUGGAAGAACGGAAGAAGAAACGGCCAGAAGUUAUAAGAACGACGUCGAUGUCGGCGUAUACUCUAUAAUUGUAUCUAUGUACGAUGAAACGAGUUAAUUGAGGUUGCAAAGUCAACGGUGAAGCUAUUGCAGAUGCAAAUGAAGGACAGGGCGAAUCAACGAGAAAUACUGUACAACUAACGAGAAUAACGACCACAAGAGUAAUUCUGGUGGUGAUGAAAUAUGGCUAAAGUAUUUUUUUACGAAACGCGAUUGACGUGGGUACGCAUAAAAGAGAAACGAUUAGAGGAAAUGACCGUUAGAUGUAUGGAAAGAAAGGCGGAAAAAGGUUCGGGAACGACGAGGUGCGGUCCCUGGUUGGAUUUGAGGUUACGUUACUUCUGCGAGAUCAAUGCCGCUAGCGUGAUAGAUAGGAAACGCUAAGCUGUGAGAAGUAGAACAGAUAGUUGAAACUACCGCCUUCAAAAGGAUCGCAAGCGGUGUUCACAUCCUCGGUGUUACUGUUUUGUGGCAGGAUUGAACAGUUCGCUAAGCGCGAAGACGGAAGCACCGCGGGAAAAACGGGUCCUGAUGAAAAGCAAGAAAAAACUAGUGAAGUACGAAUAUGAAACAGUAGGCGACGUAUGACUUAUUGAUGCUUAAAACCUGCUAAGAAUAUGAUAAAGACACACGCGCAAUGCCUUCGUCUAUUCUGCUAAUGAUGAGAAUAAUAAUACUAACUAACCAAAAUAAAGAUUAAUAAUGGAGACAAUAAUAUAGUAAUAGUAAUAUCCAUUUAUAGUAUAAGAAUGGUGGAUAUGAGGACAAAGGCAAUAACGAAGUUAGAACGUGUCGUCGGGAACGGAGCACGGUGCUUAUGAACGGGGAAAACGAGGGCGGAAAAUAUGCACGGACAACGAUUAGUUGGCCUCUAGUUUAAUGAUAUACACCAGCAAUAGCAGCAGUUGCAGACUUAGGACUAAAAUAAAUCGGUUAUGUCAAACUAUAUUAGUCCUAAAGUGGAAGGUUUAAUUUUUAGGCCGAAACACCGAAUUCGAAGCAGCAUACGUGAUGCGGAGGCAAGAGAAUGACCUAUACAACUGGAAAAGCACAAAAUAUGCCGUAGGGUUGACAAAAUGUGUUUAUGUUAUGAGAAAGACGAGAACCUACGUAUAUACUAAUCCCAAAAGUCUACCUAACUUAAAAACGGGAAACCACAUUCGCCAACAAAUACUACUCUGGGUAAACGAGUUUUCCACAUUCUUUUAUUGAUUCUCCAAACGACAGAGUAACAAACGCAUAGAAAUUGGGUAACAAUUAUACGAUUCAAUAUCACGUAACACAGAAAAAAAAGUCUAUUAUAGGCCAAUUAGAAUUGCAAAGUCACAGGUCUUUGCCUGGAGUCAAACAAUAUUCGAAGAGGAAUAAAGGUUGACGAUGUGGUGGAAUAAGAUUAAUAAUGAUUAUAAGCAAUUAUAAAGAUAAAACAUGAUAGAAAAGAGCAUGUUCAACGAUCAUUUUAGUACAAUGCUGUCAUUUCAUAUUCAUUUAUAAUUUGAAA